AUGCCUUCCAGUCUGAACAAAGUGCAGAAGCACGUCAACAAGAAGAAAGGCCACAAAAGCAACGCACUUCACGAGAACAGCAGAGAUGCACAGCGUCUUCGCAGAGCAGGCGCCAGGGACGAGAGAGUUGCGAAAGUAACGGCGACGAGGGAGAAGGCCAACCGACCGUGGUUGGAGAGAGUGGAAUUCUUCCAAAGCAAGCUGCCUGAGACAUUACAUCCUCUGGAGCUCGAGAAGAUCAAGGAACUUGUUGAGGAAUUUCUCUCUCGACAUAAUGAGGAACUUGCCCAGUUAAAGGCGGAGAGGAGACCAGGACGGCCGCCAUCGAAUAGGCAGACCUUACUAGAGCAGCAGAUCAAGCAGGAUGCACUGGAGUAUGAGGGCGGAUUCUGGAUGCCCAACAUGCAGGACGAGGAGACGCUGAUGAACAUUGAGAAAUGGGCUGGAGAGUGGAUGGCGCUGGCUCCGUUGAGGUUCGUGAGGGUGGUGAAGGAUGGUGAAGUGAAGGAGAGCCAGUUUCCACCUCGCGGUGCUUCAUAG